CAGCUUCAGACUCGUCGCAUCGGUGUCACACGCAAGAAUGCAGAUGAAAAUGCCACUAGCAAGCACUCUCGUCAGGCGUCUGCCCAGGGAGUCGCAACUCGCGCCUCUGUCGUCCUAAAUGGCCUAAAGAAUGGCCCACAACGCCCAGCGCUUGGUGAGGUCACCACCACCGCGGUCAACCGCAAGGUUUGUCGUGUUCUCCAUUUUUCACCUUUCCCAACGUUCUGA